UCGUUUCGCAGAACAGAAAAGAAAAGGCGCAGGCGCGAAGCUCUGCUGAGCUUUAACUUCUGGUCAUUAGUCUCUCACUAAAUACUUGUUAAUGGCUACGGCUGCAUUAGCUAGGCGUUUGGGCGCUUCGGUGAAGGAUGCUGGAGCGAAGAAAGGGUCGGGAUGGUAUAGCUCCCACAUGGCAGCAGCUUCUCGAGCCAUUUUGGAGCGAAUUCCUUUGGUUGAUUUUACCCUCGAAAUCAGAGAUGCAAGGAUUCCAAUUUCGUCUGCCUAUGAAGAUCUCAGAGACUUCCCACCCUCUUCAAGGCGUAUCAUAGUCUUGAACAAGACAGACCUUGCAGAUCGUAGGCAAACAAAGGAAUGGUUGAGAUAUUUUGAGGAACAAAGCUGUGUUUGUUAUGGAAUCAACUCUCAUAACAAAGAUAAUAUCAAGGAGUUUCUGAACUUCAUACAAGCUAGAGUCAGAGAAUUGAAGAAAGACGAUCAGCUCAAGUAUACCACGACCAUAAUGCUUGUUGGAAUUCCUAAUGUUGGUAAAUCAUCCCUUGCCAACUCUUUGCACCAAAUUGGUCGGAUCAGUGCUGCAGAGAAGGGAAAGCUGAAGCACACAAUUGUGAGUCCACUGCCUGGGGAGACAAAAGAUAUCAGUAGUUUGAAGAUUGGAAGUCAUCCCAACAUUUAUGUUUUGGAUACACCUGGUGUGUUACAUCCCUCAAUUCUUGAUGUUGAGAUGGGUUCUAAACUUGUUUUAACAGGGGCUAUUAGUGAUAGUUUGGUUGAGGAAUGUGAAAUUGCUGAAUAUUUUCUGUCUAUCCUAAAUACAAGUAAUGAGUACAAGCACUGGGAGAACUUGCUUGCUAAAGAGGAUGAAGAAUCAUCUCGAGACCACAAAACAAAUUUUGGUGGUAACCUUGAGGUAGAGUUGAGAAGAAGAAAGCAAUAUCUUACAGAUCACACACAGGAUUUCAUUGUGCGGGAUGUUCGUCGAACCCUUUUUGAGUCUAUUUCAUCUUUCAAGGGAAAUCUUGAAGAUGAAAAAGAGCUGUCUAAGCUGAUUAAAGUUCAAUUCAUUGCAUUGCAGGAGGCUUUUCAUAUUCCUCUGGGAUCAGCUAAGGAUAUUAAUCAUAGAGUAGCUUUGAAGCUACUUAAUUUGUAUAGGACUGGUAGACUUGGCCAUUAUACAUUGGACCCUAUACCAAGGAAUGCUAAAUAGCUGUUAUUGGUAUAAUUAUGUAUUACUAAUUAGUUUUUGAGAGUUCCAGCAUCUAUUCUCCUUUACCUAUAUCAGAUGCUACGAGUGAUGUCCAGAUAAAUCCGCAUGCUGCUCUCCAUUCUAUAGCCAGUGGGCUUCCCCCGCCCCCAGUCCUCUGUAAUGCAUGCUAUAGGUAAGGUCCUACUCCUGAGCCUACAUGGGCUGAUGUGAACUGCUUGACUGCACGGAUGGGAAAUCCUACAUGGACAGUGGCUUGGUUUGAUUAGCCACAUCACCUUUCGCAUGGUAGAAAUAUGAGAGUUGGUCUAUGGAAGCUCUCUAUUGGAUUCAAUAUUGUUAUUGGGUUUGUAUAUGGUCGCUAUAUUUUGAUUUUGCAAUAUGGAUUGUUUCUGAUUUUUCAUCCUGGCAGUUGAUCCAGAAGUUAAGCCUUUUGGACCUUGAAUUGAUGCAGUUUGAUUUCC